AUGGACACUCUCUACGCCUUCAUCGCGUCUCGCGAUGAGCUGAACCCCCUCGAUUCCGCGGCCCUUGCCUACAUCCCUCUCGUAGCGCUCGCUGCAGCUCUCACAUCAUGGCUCCCUCAAGGUCGGGCGCUGAUACCAGCCUUUGUCUCCGAUGACGAGGCUCAAGAGGUCGCCGAGAAGAGGUCACUAGCGGUGGAGAAGAGGACAGGGAGGCCUGUGAGGCUGGGCCGGGAGGGUUUCGCCAGACAGAGCAGACGGCUGAGGUACAUCCUCUUGCUCAGUUUGGUGGAGCUGAUAGGCUGGAGCAUAGUGACUGGGUACAGUCGCAAUUGGAUGAGAGGCUUGGCCACUUCGAUGACUUGGCUAGCUACUUUAACCUCGCUAAUAGCGUCGCCACCUCAGACAGCGCCUCUGUCUUCGCUCAUCUCUCUGGCUUUGCUCUUUGCCUCAGCAAUCGUCUCUCUGCUGCAAGAGACCCCGCGAUUCACAUCCUUUGCCACGCUACCUGUGGCCAAGCUGCUGGGCCAUGUGCUGGACCUCAUUCUUUUAGCGAUCAUCCUGAGUCUGGUAAUGCUGAUGCCCGUGAUGGCAGGAGGUUGGGAAGCCACGGUAGAUGAGGAAGAGAGAAAUAGGGUCAUAGCAGGCACCGUAGUCGAAGAGAAGGAAGAUAUGGCAGACAACUACGAUCUAUGCCCCACGACGCCUGAAGACUACACCUCCCUGGCUUCUACUCUCAGCUAUCGAUGGAUGGCAGGAAUACAGAACCUCGCCCUUCAACGCCCGCUACUCCCAUCGGAUCUAUGGAGACUGAGAUGUAUCAAUGACACACGGAUGCUGUUUAGUAAAUUCAGAACGACGCAGUACAAUUCCAAAGGUAAACGCCGAGGUGUCGCCUCUCGCCUCCUUGCAGCAAAUGCCAGGGAUGUCACACUGGAUGCCGUCUACAAGGUCAUUGGGGUCACACUAUCCUACGCAGCACCAGCUCUGAUGCGGCAAAUUCUCGAAGCGAUCGGCAAGGCAGCAGAGGAGGACGGUCACGUUGAGCGAGCGCCGGGAGAAUGGACACCUCGGUCAAGAGCAUUCGUCUUCGCAUUGAUAGCUCUUCUACUGACGCUUGUGCGAUAUAUUGCCGAGCUUCUCAAUUUCCAUCACGCCCGUCAAGUUGGUCUGCGGGUCAGGUCAGUCAUGGUAGCAGAGCUCUUUGAGAAGGCGCUCAAGAGGCGUUACGUUGCUGGCGAGGUUGCUUUGACAACCAACGGUGAUGACAAGGCUCCUACACCCGGAUUGAGGGAGAAAGCUGCAAAAGCUUUCAAGCGAGCAGAUCGGACGAAGGCAGAGGCUACGCCGCGUACCGAUGGUGCAGAGACGAACGAGGCAGUUGCAGAAGAGGUAGACAAAGAGACGACAGGGCCUCAAUCUUCCGAGGCGGCUAGCCCUUCGGCAGACAUCGGCAAGGUGGUCAACAUGAUGAGCUCAGACGUCAAUGUCCUCUUGAGACUCGGAUGUGAUCUUCACCAGCUAUACGGAGCUCCAGCUGAGGUUCUCAUAUCCGGCAUUUUCCUCACAAGGCUACUCGGUUGGUCUGCUCUCGCUGGCUUCUCGCUGCUUGUGCUUGCCACGCCCAUCAAUUACGUCCAGGGACGCUUCAGCGUACGUGCUUCCCGUGACUGGAAGACGAAAACAGACAAGAGGAUGGGUCUAGUGACGGAGCUUCUGAGCGCAGCUCGCUUCAUCAAGCUGCAGGGCGUCGCAGCUCAAUGGCGAGAAAGGGUCCUCGACGCUAGAACGGCAGAGAUCAGUGCUCUGCUUCGAGUCCUCUUCACGGAAUUGGGCUUCACCAUCAUCUUCGCUGCCCUGCCUAUCGGAGUCUCUUUGUUCAGCUUCUUCUGUUACGUCAAAGUACAGGGUAAUGAGCUUACGGUCCCCGUUGCGUUCACCGCCGUCACCCUCUUCUCGAUGGUGAGAGCGCCGCUCAAUGCUAUACCAGCCUUCGCAAUGGCAGGUCUCAAUGCCAUGGUCUCUAUUAAGCGACUGGAAGCUUUUCUCGAAGAAGAAGAAGUCGAUGACUUCGUUUCCUCGCUUUCGGGCCUAUCCUCACCAAAUUUGGAGACGUUGUCUCCUCCCUCGGUACCUGCCGAUGUCUUUGAGCACUCCAGCUCUAGCGACAGCUUUCUUGAAGUGAUCGGCGGAUCUUUUGUCUGGUCCAAGUCAGCCACAUCGCUCAGCGAAGGAGCGCUUACCAAAGGUACUUUGCGAGACAUUACAGUCUCCUUUCCGCCUCAACGCCUCUCGGUGAUCGCUGGCCCGACAGGUAGCGGUAAGAGUACAUUACUUCACGCCAUUCUGGGUGAGCUACGGCAGACACGUGGUUCUCUCAUCCUACCCAAGUGGGUGGGAGGGAGCGCACGCAGCGGUCUUUCGUAUGCAGCGCAAUCACCCUGGAUAGAGGGCGGUAAGUCGAUCAAGAAGAACAUCCUUUUCAACAAUCCAUACAAUGAAGAGAGGUACAAGGCUGUCUUGUUCGCCUGCGCACUUCUCGACGAUCUUCGACUGUUCGACGAUGGCGAUGAGACACGAGUCAGCAGCACUACUCUUUCCGGUGGUCAGCAAGCCCGAGUCGGGCUGGCGCGAGCGCUCUAUGCCCCUUCCCAUACUGUGCUGCUUGAUGACCCUCUUGCCGCGGUAGAUGCACAUGUCCAGCGUCACAUCAUAGUGCAUGCCCUCAACGGGCCUCUUGGGAGAGGCCGAAGAAUACUGCUGGUGACACACCAUGUCGGAGCGGUCCUCAAGCUUGCAGACUAUCUGGUCUAUCUCAGAGAGGGACGGGUCAGCUUGCAGGGCAAGGUUGACCAAUUGAGAGCCCAAGGUCUGCUGGUUGGCGCUCUCGAGGAGAGGGACAUCGAUCUCAAUGCUGUAGACAAUGUCUCUUCCAGUAGCCGAGGUUCGUCCGUGACGUCUACCAAGACACAAGACAAGGUCACUACAAAGGAUGUGGACUCGGACAUCCCCGACACAUCUACUGUAGUCAGUCAGAAGCCCGUCCGGCUGCUGUAUGAUCUGGAGAAGCGCAGAGAAGGGAGCGUGAAGUGGUCAUACUACUCCAUCUACAUCGGUGCCUCAUCACCUCUGAUGUGGACUCUGAUCAUCGUCCUGAGCGUAGCUUUACGCUUGGUAGCCUCCGGAGAACAAUACUGGCUGAAGGUAUGGGGAGAGGCAAGUGGCUCUUCUGGCAAGCGCACAGGCCUGAUUGGGAAACUGCCACCUGCAGAAGGGCACGAGAACUUUUACCUUGGCACAUACGGUCUCAUUGGUCUGUCCAUCGUCGUUCUUGGUGUAGUGAAGUCAAUCAUCUUCUGGCUGGCUACGCUGCGAGCUUCUCAGAAGCUGUAUGUCCGGCUGCUGUCGGCGGUCUUGGCAGCUAGACUGCGAUUCUUUGAUACCAACCCACUCGGUCGAAUCAUGCAGCGCUUCAACCAGGACGUCAGUGUCAUGGACAGAGAGCUUCCUUCGAGCAGCGUCAACUUCUUGAACAACAGUAUGGCUCUCACUGGCCAUCUGAUCAUUUGUGCUGUCAUUGUACCGCCGAUUUUGAUACCCGCCGCCAUAUUCUUCGCCUGGGGCCCCUCCUACGUACGAGGUUUCUUGGCUUGCACUAGAGACAUGCAAAGGAUCGAGUCGACUUCGACCUCGCCUCUCUACUCGGUAUUCGCAUCCUCGAUGGCAGCUGUCACUACCAUACGGGCGUUUGGAGCAGAGCGAUUUCGUUUGGAUGAAAUGCUCACCAUUCUGGACGUCACCCAGGCUCAGUGGUGGGCCAUCUGUACCAUCGAGGUCUGGCUUUCUUUCCGCUCACAGAUUCUGGGAGGAUUCGCGGUCUUCUUGGUGUCGACCUUGGCAUUGACCGGUGCUGUUUCCGCUGGCAGUGCGGGAAUGGUGAUGACAUCUGCUCAGCUUCUGACAGUCUUGUCAUACUACCUCUGUAAUGAUUGGAAGCAUCUCAGCAACAAUCUGAACUCCAUCGAGAGGAUUGCGGAGUACUUUGAGCUACCUGCGGAGAAGUCUAGCGAAUCCGGCGGUCAGGGCAAACAACCACCAGCGGCUUGGCCAAGUAGCUCGGGCUCCAUACAUCUAGACAAGCUCUGCCUGACUUAUGAUGAUACUCUGCCUGACGUCUUGCACGACGUCACCAUCGAUAUCGACCCCACUCAGCAUACAGCUAUCGUUGGGAGGACCGGAUCAGGAAAGACUACCAUGGCCUCGGCUCUUCUUCGUGCCCUCGAGGCGAAGUCGGGAAAGAUUAUCAUCGACGGUAUAGACAUUUCAACCUUGGAUGUAGAGACAUUACGUCGUCGCAUCUCACUGGUCUCCCAGUCACCCAUCCUCUUCAGCGGUACAGUCCGAUCCAACCUUGACCCCUUCGACGAGCGCACAGAUGAGGAAUGCCUCUUUGCGUUGCGCCGGGUCCGGGUGGCAGCUUACCGCACCGCUGCCGAGCAAGCCUUGCGACAUGUAGACGCUGAAGAUGCAGGCGAAGCUCUUCACUCGGCCGGCACCUCUGCCCCUCCUGUGAUGACACUCAGUCUGGACGCCCCAGUAGCAGCGGGGGGCGCCAACUUCUCAGCUGGAGAGGCACAGCUUCUGUCACUCGCCAGGGCCCUCUUGCGCGAUGCUCGCGUGGUGAUACUGGACGAGGCUACUUCAAGCACAGACUCAGAGACCGAUGCUGCGAUUCAGACUGCCAUUCGCGAGAUGCGCGACUCGAUUGUCAUCACCGUCGCUCACCGGCUGCAGACCGUGCUGGACUACGACAAAGUCCUGGUAUUGUCUCAAGGUCGCGUGCUCGAGUAUGGACCCCCUGCAGAGCUUUUCGCUAAGGCAGACGGAGAGUUCAGGAAGAUGUGCGAGGCCAGUGGUAUCAGGGAGGUCUAG